CAUACCCAGCAUCAUACCCAGCAUACGCCCAGCAUACACCUGGUUUGAUAGACAGUCGAGAUCUGUGGAACUAGAGUUAAGGCUUAGCCUUGCGAUGAGUAGAUGAUAUGAUAUCUGACAGUACGCCGUACGCCGUUGACACUUACAUAGUACACAUUUUAAACCCAGUCGCAAAUCUAUUUUGACCACCUCCUUACUUAACCUGGAAAUAUCCAAUGCUAAGAAUGAAAUUAUGAUUGCUAAUGUAGUUAUCUGACCUAGCCUCUCUCCUUACAGUACUUUUACUAGUACUGAGUACCUACACCACCUAGGGUAGGUACAUAGUCUUGAACUUCGUUUCCAGAUCGCUAGCAAGUUUGGAAUCUCCAGAAAUCUAUUGUCAAAAGGACCAAACAGGUACAUACAUGCCUUAUUACCCAGUCAUACACAUAGGUGGUCCAUCGUCCAACAAACUCACAAUUAUCGUGCAAUUAUGGCGCAAUAUGCGUAAUUAAGACAAGAAAAAUACAGCAUGAUUACAUCCAGAUAAUUUGACCACUCAAUACGGCACAUACAUAUGUACUGGCUCCUCCUUUUUGUCUUGGCGAUGCACAACGACGUAGGUCGAUGCUCAUGUGACCAGAGUCUCCUGCCGGUAAGCGACAUGAAUCACACUUCACUUCUGGGGGACAGCAGUUCACGCCCACGGAGGGUCUCGUCUGAGGUGAUACUACAUACCAGCUUUAGCCUCUUCUUCCUCUUCUUCUGCUGCUUCCCCUGCAAGGAGGCCUGCAAGGCACCAAUAUUAGGCCCCAGAGCACUGGUAUCAUCAUCAUGGGAUGGGUGGUGGGCUACACGUAGAUAGUUAGGCAAGGUACCUUAAUAAUGGCCAAC